UACACAUUUCUCUAAGGAAAAAUGACCAAAAAACAAGUAGUGUUGAAAAGGGAAUUAGAACCACCAUUGAUGGAUUCCGCUAAUUCAUCAAUGCGAGUUCAAGUGAGAUACGGCGAGUGUCAGAAGAACCACGCAGCCAACGUUGGCGGGUAUGCAGUUGAUGGAUGUAGAGAAUUCAUGGCGUCGAGUGAAGAGGAAGAGACCGAGGCCUCGCUUACCUGUGCCGCGUGUGGCUGCCACCGCAACUUCCAUAGAAGGGUGGUGGAAACUAUUGAGCAAGCUGUUGGCUGCAGCGAUUGUGAGUGAAAACACAA